CUGCCAGGAACAACGCCUAGCCUCUCUCGUCAUCCGGCUUGACAUGACCUCACAUACCGCGGGCUUAGACGUAGUGGGGCGCCCGCCAAGCCCUCCCCCUGCGCCUGAAAUCUCGCGCCGAGGCAUCUAAACAAGUGUUUGUCAACAGGUGUUCCUCCCCACCCAUACCAUCUUCUUUCGGCCACCCAAUUGAGCAAAAAAUUGCUUCCUCUCAUCCGCCACGAUGCCGCCCAAGACCUCGACGGGAGAGCCCAGCGCUGCCGCCACGAUGAAGAAGCAGUAUCUCAUCAGCUAUAACGCCAUCAGUGCGACACUGUGGUUCGGCGUGCUCGCAAGAGUGGUCAUGCAUGCAGCGGCGGAGGGCGUGGAGAAUGGGAAGGUGUAUGAGGAGUUGGAGCAGUAUACACGGCUGGUGCAGACGGGGGCGGGGUUGGAGGUGCUGCAUAGUCUUCUCGGGAUUGUGCGCGCACCGCUUUUCACGACAGCGAUGCAGGUCGCGAGCCGGUUGAUUCUGGUGUGGGUCAUAGGAUACCAGUUCCCGCAAACGACGAAAUACAGUCCUGCCUACAGCUCUAUGCUGCUCGCGUGGAGUAUCACUGAGGUGAUCCGAUACAGCUACUUCGUCUUCGCACUGACGGAUAGUGUGCCGAAGCUGUGGACGUGGUUGAGAUACAACACCUUCUUGAUUUUGUACCCGCUCGGCGUCGCGAGCGAAACGUGGCUGAUUUACCGCGCUAUCCCACCGGCGAGCAAGCUGGACGAGAAGUAUGGGUGGGCGCUGUGGGCGGUGCUGGCGACGUAUAUUCCCGGGUUUUACACGCUUUUUACGUACAUGUUGAAGCAGCGGAGGAGGAUCUUGAGGGCGGGGGCGAACAAGGCGGAAAAGAAGAGGGUUUAGGAUGGGGCAGGUUUGGACAUGACACAUAGGGAAUGAGGCUCUUAAUUAGAUGCUCAUUGGCAUGUCGAACAGAGGAGUAGAGGGAGCAAUCAAAAAUUACGGCCCGGAGAAGGGUAGGGCGAUGCUAGCUUGUGUGUAGGGGAUUCCUGCUGUUGGGAGCAAAGAUAUGGCAUCUGUCUCCGUCCCGUGGACAUAAAUUACAGCAAGCUGG